GCUCAUUGUCAUUCUUUCAUCGGACGUUAGGUAAUGGCUCGGACAUUCGGUAUUAUCUUCAUAUUGCGUUCCGAGACCAAGCCCCCAUGUCUGCCUCCUUGUCCGCCAAUGCAAGUUUCAGAACUCUGGGACUUAUUUUCUGUUGGGCCAAACACUCAUUUGCUUCUCAGAGUGCCCACAUGAUCUUCCGACUGGGCGUCAUGUCACUCCCGAGCACGCCGUGUACUCAGCGUGUUCAGGUACCUGUGCACUUGCUGAGCUGUGAUGAGCAUGUAGGGUUUUGUACCGACAGCCCCGCUGGCAGAUGGCAAAUAACCUGAACCCAUCAGGCUUGAAAGCCGAAUGACCGAAACCAUAUUCUCUCGUCUGCGUCAUUAUAAGAGACUUCUGACUGCUUCUUCAUCUCCUUGAUUGAUGAUGAUCAGGAUUCUUGUGGAUAAAUACAUGUUAGCUGGAUGAAACGUGCGUGUGUAUGUCUUUGAGAGAGUAUGGAACUAUAUGAAUGCUCUCCAGAACUGUCUGAAGGGUGUCAUUAUACCGGAAUACUUUCUUUUUGGCCCAUGUUUGUGUCCAUGAGCGAAAGCGACCGAGAAUGGAGUUGGUGUGCGUAUGGAAGAUAUUCGCAGAGGCACUUGUGGACCAGUAGAGAGCAUCGUUCCCAGGACCUUGGGUCUUUCCGCAGUUCGGGAUAGGGUGGGGAAUUGUGAAAAUGGAGGAACCCUAUCCAUCACCAGUGUGGAAAUGGAAUUGUCCG